AUGGCCUUAUUAAAUUCAUUAAAAUCUAUUUUAAACUUUUCAAACUCAUCAUCAAAUUGUACUUUAUUAAAUAAUAAUCAAAUUAACUUUUAUGGUAAUAGUAAGAUCUCUAAAUUACCACCAGGUUAUUUUGAACAAUCAAGUUUCCAAACCAAAGGUUUUGUUGUUGAAUACCCAAAAGAUGGUGCCCCAAUCUCAUGUUAA